GACAAAGGCUUCAGCAACCAUGAGGUCUAUCAGGAGAUUUUCCCCCUGUUUGUGUACUCCCGUUUUCCAUUGCUGAUCAUCACCGGCCUCGUUUCCGAGCUCCCCUCCUUUGGAGGCAAAGGUGUGCUUGCCAUCGGCGCGGUCUGUGGCUUCGUGACCGUGCUGCUCACUUGGUGCGGCCAGGGUCAUCUACCUCAGCAGGUAGCGCAGAUCACU